AUGACUUUCCAGUUGGGCUCCCCUGCAGGAUCUUCUACUGCCUCUAAGUUCAGUGGCUCCUCGUGGGGUCUUCAAGGGAUCACAUUUGGAGUGAACGAACUAUCCUCUUCGUUGACUGUAGCGAACUCUUGUGGCUCCAUCUUCACCCGUCCCGAACUCACAAAGCUUCUGAGUGCUAUACAGGAGUUGUAUGACAUUCGAGUCGAUAUUCACCCCUUGUGGCUUCAGCAUGUCAAAUUCAGCCGCUUGAGCCGGGUUCUCGGUGAAGGGAUGCGACGACUCGCCGUGCGCGGGAUGAUGGACGAUGUCGAAAUCCACUCACUCUCCGGUGUUGCUACUUUCGUGGUUCUCUGUUGCCGAUACACAGACAACGAGAGAAUGAUUCAAGAGAUGUUGAAGCUGCUCCUGUCAGGCGAUCUCGGUACAGUUCUCAAGUUUGAUGGCAGUGUUGGUCCCAAUCUGCCCCAUACUAUGACGGUACAAUUACAAAAGUUUGUUGGGUCCUGUCUGCAGACUGACAUGGAUUCUACCGUGUCUACUCAAGCCAAAGCUUGGAUGGCAGAGCUAGCACAUUACGGACAAGUCGGGAGAUAUGGCAGUGACUUCGAGAUCUCACGACCCCAAGCAUCUCAGCAGCUCAUGGCGGAGCUUCUUGGUGGUCGGAGUAUGGAGGAGCAUAUGAAAGAAUACUCUCGCGGGCUAGACAUCUCUACAGAAGCCGGAGAGGCGAUGGCUGUUGCAUCAAGUACUGAGAUUAGAGAGCCCUGGGCGCGGGUUUACAACACUCUUCACCUGUCCUCUGCCUACAUUGCUCUGGCGGCCAGGGCCAACGGCGCUGAUGUGGUAGUGCAAUGCUUCACCCAAGACGGUUCGAAAUUCUUCCCUUCAGAGCCUACCAUUCACCACCAGGGUACCAUAUUCCUGGUCCGCGCCUUUGGCUCGUUCAGCCCCCUGAGCAUCACACAGUAUGAUGGGCAGAGAACACCAUCCCGGGGACUUGAUGGCAGGCGAAUCACUAUUUUUGGUGGCACUCAGGAGCUGUUAGCGUGGACCGCACGAGCUCUUGGCUUCAGCUGCAACAUGUCCAUCAUAGAGGAGCCAGUGGAUGCCCUGUCACAACUGUGGAGAAUGGGAGCAGCCUUCGCCCAACGUUUGCGUUGGGUGGUACGUCCCCAGCCGAACAAGCUUUUUCCUUUGCGCCUGACCAUCGAAGGUUAUGACAAAAACGCGACUCUGCCUCAACAAGCAAUCGCCUUGGCCAAGUCUUACGGAAGUCGUGAGCAGAAGCUCAAACCGUUGUCCCGGAACAUCGCAAGCAUUGUUCAUGAGUUCUACGCAGUGGAUGAUUAUGGACCAGACCUCGCUCAGGACGAACCCGAAGUGCUUCUGGCGAUGCAAUUCAUUGCGAUCUCAAUAUCGGUCACCACAAUACGACAGUUGACACACACAACAGAUGACAGUCUUGAGCAAUAUGCACUCAACCUUCAGACACUGGAAAAGGGCCAACAGGGUCUACGAGAUUUUCUCCCGUCCGCGUGCUCGGAGGGUAUCUCCCUCCAACAGAUUCUUUGGGCUGCCGCAACUCUCUGGGGCGGCGCUAGCCAGCUUUCUCAAGGAUCUCAGCGGGUGACAGAGGAUGUUCACGGCGUUGUGGCACCAAACUGCACUAUCAUCAUGGACUUCAUUCGGGACCCUCGCUUGUUCGUUGGAAACGGUAUAGAGAAGAUGCUACUAUCUGUUUGGCGUGGGGCUGUUCCAAUGUUGCCACGUGACCCUCGAACAAAUUUUGUGCGAGGAAACAACAGAGUCAGCAGCAACCCAACUGAUAUUGGUCGAAACUUUGACCGAAUCGACAGCGCGCACGCUAUGAGAGUCAUGAAAGGCCAGAUGCUUCUCACCUUCGAGCCAUGCACCGAAAAUCCAACUCUUUCUGUGUUCUGCUGCUGGUACAGUGGCUGCCUGGUCUUUGAGUUCAGCCCCGCAUGUAUCUUGAUAAAUCUCCUGCGCCGUCCGAUGAGUUCCCUUGCGGCGGCAGAUAGUAAACUCUACACUUACAAAAAGCCGAAACAUGUACUCAAGCUCCAACCUGGGGAUCUUCUGCGAAGCAAGAACUUGGUCGUGAGAGAUGAAGCCUUCGUUAUUGUUCAUGGACUCCACGACCCUGCUUGGAUAUUAUUCGCGGCUGGUUGUUGCCCUCCUACUCACACUAUCAUACAUCGCGGGCCGACGGACCACUUGGAGGAUGACGUUCAAAGCCUCAUUAACGACUCGAAGAUUUCAGGCGGGGAGGUGUUGUUAUUGGUACCGUGA